GGGCCGCUCGUUUUAAACGGCACGCGGGCGGCGGCGGCGGUAGCGGCGGCGCGUAGAGACGGCGCUCGCUGCGUUGCCCUCGUAGGCAUUUUACGGCUCUCAACACCGACACAAACUAAAGCAUUGAACCAUGAAGGCGACCGCGAGCGAAGCCGAGGAGCGGAGCGCCAGGGCGGCCGUGGUUCACUGGCUGAAGGCGUACGGGCUCCGAGCCAAGGUGCUGGUCAAGAGUCACACGGACAAGACUUGGACUGUGUUUGGAAGCCCUCUAUCACUGCAUCGAAUCGAUGAAGACCAUGCAGCCGUGCCGAACUUUGUGGUGGAGGCCUGCCAGUACCUGCAGCAGCAUGCCAGCACCGAGGGCCUCUUCCGCAAGUCGGGCUCCUUCUCCCGCAUGAAGGAGCUCAAGGAGAGGAUCCAGUGCGGGGAGGCAAGCGUGUGUGCGGCGCCCGCCUGCGACGUGGCUGGGCUUCUCAAGCAGUUCUUCCGCGAGCUGCCAGAACCGCUGAUAACGCGCGAGCUGCACGACGUCUUCUACCGCGCCCAGCAGCUGGAGGAAGUAGCACGGUUGCACGCCACGCUGCUUCUCACCUGCCUGCUGCCACCUUCCAACGUGCAAGUGCUGCGCUACCUCAUGGCCUUCCUCAAGCACAUUGCGCACCGCUCUGAUGAGAAUCGUAUGGAUGUUGCAAACCUCGCCGUGGUGUUUGCUCCCAACCUGAUGCACUCUGGCUCUGGGAGUAAGGCUGAGAAGGUAUCGAGCAGCACCGAGAAGCAGCUGAGACUGCAGGCCAUGGUGGUGCAAACACUCAUCUUGCACGCCAAGGACAUAGGACAUGUGAGCAGGCUGGUGGCGGCAGACGGGCCCUGCCUGGGUGGCGACCGGGGCGGCGAGAGCGGGGGGACCAGUGAGACGCCCCUCAACUCUGGGGGAGACGAGCAGCGCUCGGUGAAGAGGAGCUGCCGACGGCGUAGCUUCAACGGUCAGACAAGGCUACUUCGGGGGCCUCCUUUCUUGAAGAGAUAUGUGGUGAGUGGGGCCAUUGGACGCCUGAGGUCGGGGAGGGGUGGCCUAAUGACUCCACAGCCCGAAGAUAUCACAACUCCCCAGAUGCCGCGCUCAUCUAAGCCGAAAAGGAAGGCAUCUCAGGACUCUUUGGAUGACCUGGACUCUUCUGGAAAAAAAAGGAGAGCAAUGAACCCGAUCAGCUUGGAGGAGGGACUCUCGCAGCAAUACAGUGCCACCUCUACACCUGUGGUGUGGAGCAGCUUGCACAGCGGCAGAGUGGAUGACACCCCAGGCUGGCAGAGGGAGCGUGCCACCACUCCCAGCGAGCGCACCAACGGAGGGGGGGGGACCCCCUCCACGCCGUCGCUGCUCAAGCGCUCGCGUCUGCGCCUCACCCUGUCGACCGGACGCCGUCGCAAGCAGCCAAGGUUGUCCGACAAGAAGGCCCCAAGCAGCAGUGUGGAAGUGGAAAAGCAAGACCUCCCACCUCCAGCGAGGAAUGAAAAGAUACGCAAGUCUCUACGGAUGCGCUUGAACCUUCUGAAGUCGAGCAGUGACCAUAGCGCGGGCAGCGAUGAGGGCCCGGCAGCGGAGAGGGACGCACCCGUGCGGUCGGAGGCCCUGGCCGCCCGACGCGAUUGCACGGAUGGGCAGCCCAACGUCCCAGUCGGCGACAUGACCACGCCACGCACACGCAGCUCCCUCCGCAAACACGCCGGUCCGCGGUCGUUGUGCAGCUCUGAGGAGGUGCUCGGGCGGCCCAACAUACGUGAAGUCAUCUCCGGUCCCAUGCAGGGCAGCGUGUCCGACGCAGACCUGGCCGAUGUGAAACAGGCCCAAAUAGACACCACCACCCCCCUUUGCGCGGCCCGGUCGGCACCUGCGCUCGUCACCGGGAAGCCGCCAUGCUUCCCAGAUGCCAGGCGAUCUGGGCGCCUCUCCUCCACGGCACGAGAUUCCCCCGAGAUGCCUGAGCUCCCGGACCGUACCGCCGACCAGGCGAACAGCCAGGCAUUUCGAGCCUUCUGCGAGUCUGCCGAAAUCCUGUCCAUGCUCAUUCAGGACACACCACAGGUUUUGUCUACCAGCACGUUCACGCCGAGAUGCAGGGAUGCAGGCAUCAGCAGUUCGGUUACAGUGUCGUGCGGUAAUGAAAAUACAACAGCUGUCCAUAGCCCAGACUGUAUUUCAAGCCAGACUGUAUUUCAAGCUGGAGAAUUAAUGACGGCGAGAGCGAUGGAAAGUAGCUCGGAUGUAUGUGGAACGUUAGCUGAUGGUAAGAGUGAAUGUGUGAAAGUGACAGAGGAAGGUGAGGGUGGAGAAAAGUGCAAUGGUAAAAGUGAGGAUAAUGUGCAUACUGCAAUGAGUAACAUGAGUUAUGAAGAAUACAAACAGGUGGAGUUGCGUAGAGCCAUUAAUGAGAGUGUCGAUAUAUUAGGUGCAGAGGAGGAAGAGCCUCGGCAACCGUUGAGGGAAUGCGGUGUGCAUGAGGAUCUCGGUGCUGCGCAUUCUGAGCAGCUGAGUGAAUGCCAUUUGCACAUUUCAGAGAGCAGCACAGGAGUCUCGACUGAAGCAGAAAUCUCAUUGGCUGGUGGACAAGGUGCAGCAUCCAUCGAAUGCCUAGAAAAAAGUCCCUUGUCCGAACUUGGCUCUAAGUUGGAAGGUAUCUCUUUGUGUUACACUGGAAAAAAAUGCCGACAGGCUAAACGCCUCCUUAAGUCUGGAACUAGUGUCGUUGUUAGCUUGCAGUCCGGGCAGGAGAGUGGUGUAAUCGCCAGUGUAGCAAAUGUAUCCAGUGUCGCAGAUCGCAUCCGCAAGUUUAACGACCUCAAAGGAAAAGAACAAUUCUCUCGGCCGAGAGUCACAGCAGCGCCUUUAGCCGUUGUACCUACAGCCAAGCGGCAGCAUGUCAAGCAAAUAAUUUCCAUAUUGGAAACAAACAGUCGGGGAGAAAGUGCAAAGAGAGACCCCGUUAAAGUGGGGCUUCCAGCAGUCCAAAAGCCCAAGACUCAAAAUAUCGUUUCACCACUUGGUGAGUCACUCUUCAAAACGACAAGACACCAGCUCGAGCGUUCCAGCACGCAGGCAGCCACGAAAACAGCGCGCGCACAUGGUGCGACCGAAAAAGGUCAGGGCAGCGAAACAUUUAUUCCAAAAAGCGGAGCGGCUCACUGGCUGAGGUCAGCCAGCAAGCAGGGCCAAUUGAAGACGCAGUCAACAAAUGGAAGUCCCUGCACCCCAGUCGGGCUCGCCUUGGUUAACCUCACCAACCAGCCUUCCAGCACCAAGUCGUCGGGCAAGCGUGGCCGGUGCCGCCCCCACACCGAGCCAGCGGCCGACACUCCCAAGGCUUCCCCGACGCUGCGGCCUGGGCGACGCGGGUCUGUGACACGCCGGGCAUCUCAGCGGGAGAAGAGGCCCUCCCGCGGCACACCGAGGCGCCCGGUCGUUCCACAACGACUCCUCACCACUCACAUGGCAUGGGAUCUGUAGUCUGCCGUGUUGCUGGGCAGUUAAUUGGGCAGCGUUUUACGAGUUGCUCCUCGUUAGGCAGUUAUCUGCCGGCCUUUGUUUUGAUCAUGCUUGCCAUCAAGACACGAAUUUGUAGACCAACAACACGCUGUGGGAAAACCCUUGAAAGGCCUCGUGAUAAGAUUGCAACCACAACUGAGCCAUGACUGUUACUGUUUGUAAUGAGCUAGUCUGAUAAAAAAAGGCAUGCAAUAAAGAAAAUAAUGGUUUAAUGUUUAGUCUUGCUGUCACUGCAAAAAUGCUAUAUAAUGCAGUGAGAUAAAGCACAAGCUUUGUGUGAUUUUAUUUUUUGCUGUGAAAGUGUGGAGGGGCACCCAUUGUCAGAUUUGCUGUUAUCGUCACCAUCGAAACAUUUUGUUAUCGUUGCAUCUACCUUCCUGCCCAUGUCCUUUUCUUUGAAGGCCCCUUUAGUGUAACGAUUUAUUUUUUCAUUUAUAGAAUGUACCAGAUUAGAAAUGAUACAUCCUAAAAUAAAGUGAUCUGUCAUUUCAAUUUUCUAGUUUGCCAAAUUGGUUUAAGUGAUUAAAAACGACUUCCCGGUGAAUGUACGCUGUAAUUAAACCAGUUUUGUUAAAAACUAAAUCCUGUAACAUAUUCUUGAUUGUAUUUCAUACAUUCAUUCGUUGUGCAUGUAGCUUCUACAACAUUACUACAAGCCAGAGUUGAUCUUCUGAUAUAAAUGAAUGCAGUUUUCUUUUCCAUAUAUGGUUGGGGGGGAUGUUUGUGAUUCACUUCAUGGGUUUAGGUAGAAACUUGGAAUUCACUGUAUUUAAUUUUAAGAGCUGGUGCAUGACACUUUAGUAAUUAUUCCUUUGAUUAGUGAUGCUUUGCCUACUAAAUGACACAAUGUAUUGCAAAAUUGUGUAUUUCGUAAUUUCCUUAAGCAAUACACCGAGGCAUGUACCUUUUAAGAGGCAUGAAUAGGAAUUGUAUGGGCCAAGUUGUAUGCCUUUUUAAUGUAAUUUACCACGUGUUCGUUUAUUUCUCCAAUGACGACUGCUGACAAUUAGGUUCAUGUACAAUGCUCUCGUUGGGUGCUAGUUGGGUGUGUGCCAAUGUGUCGGUGUUGAACAAUUGCGUAACAUCUUAAAUAAUCACACCCUUGUGUGCAGGUCUACUUGAAAUUCUUCAGUCUAUUUGCGGUUUUAAGCACCCUAUUACAUUCAUGAUAUGCAUACGUUUGUUCCGGACAUUUGUAAUUCUGAAGUUAACUGCACUGAAGUUGAUUCAGGCGUUUCCAUGUGGCUGUGUCAUUAAUUGAGUGCAUAAAGAUGUAUGAGCUUUGACAUGUAUUGUUCUCAAGUUUUGAGUAUUAAUAUACUCUAGAAUAACAAGCAAUUUGUAGCAUGGACUUGAAAUUAACAUUGUAAUUCAAAUAAAACGUUUAGGCUCUUGGGUAUAACAUUGAAAGCCACUCCGCAUAUCUGAGUGAAAUAGUUUGGAGGAGUGUGCGGGGAUGGCUUUGCAUUUUUUUUUAUUAACUUUGUAAGAAACAUAAGAAAGUUCCAAUAAACAUCCGGGGAAAUGA